GCUCUCAUUCGUGAUGGUUAUAGGUGUGUGGUAACUGGGAAGUACCACGCAGAAAUACCGGCAAGCUUCGAGGUUGACGAAGAGGAUAAGAACCUAGUAGACUCAGUCUUCACACAAUGUGCACAUGUUGUACCCGAAGCGACGUACUUCGACAUCUCUGAUAAAGUGUCCCAGGCCAAGAAGUUAUGUUCGUACGGUUUUUCUGUUGACACUGUCCUGCUCACUAUCUCUUAGAGAGACUACUCUGCCUCAUUGCUCGCUGUGUUGCACUGAUUCGGCUAUAACGUCGAGAAUAUCAAGGGCUCCAAAGUACAUUCGCUGUACAACGUAAUGACGAUGGAAUUCAAUGUCCAUGAUGCUUUUGAUCGUCUAUACUUGUGGUUCGAGGCAACUGAAAUCGAGAACUGCUAUAAUGUCGUGGACGUCAUGGGAUUGAAGCCCUUGCCCGAGAAGAUCACAUUCACGCGCCCUGCCAUCCUUAGUCCCGGCUUUCACAAGGAAUCUCCGUUCCCCUCCCCCGAACUGCUUGCUCUGCAUGCAUCAUGUGCCAAAGUUGCCCAUCUUUCAGGAGCAGGUGAAUACCUUGAUGAACUGGAUGAGGAUCUAGAUGAAUUGCCAGUGUUGGCAGCUGAUGUAUUGGACCAUGCGCUUUUGCGUUCGUUGAGCUUUAUGCCAUCCCUUGUCGACGUCGGAGUGUGAAUGGACCCUUUCCUCGUCUGAGUGCCAUCGGCAUCCACAGUCUACGUCUUCUUCUAGUACCACCAUGCCCCCCGUUAGAACGCACGUUCAGCACCUCGUCUUAUCACAUAGAAACGUCAGUGUCAAUCACAA